ACUUCAGUUGGUGUUGCCAUCCCAUAAUGCUUCUCUCUAAUGCAGCCAGUGUCUGGGCAGGAGGUUCGAGAAGCUGGGAAUUUUUCUCCAUUGCCUUACAGGUCAGUCCGAAUGGAAUCCCCGUACACCCGACUGGACACCCACAAAGCAAUAAUUGUAUCCUGGGACGUCUGCUUCCUUUGUGUCUCCUGGGACGUCUGCUUCCUUUGUGUCUCUCUUCUUACGGGCUGCUGCUGUCGGAGGACGUUGGCACAGAGGCUGCAAUCUCUUAAAACCUUUUAAUCAAAUCAUUUAUCGCAGACUUGUCUUCACCUUGUGGCUCAGAGGUGAGCUGGCCUCAUGCUGAAAAUGCAGAGCACCCCCAACUACCUCUGGAGUACAGAUGACGUGCUGGGCCAAGGAGCUACCGCCUGCGUGUACAAAGCCCGCAGCAAGAGAGCUGGGGAGCUGGUUGCUGUGAAGGUCUUCAAUAACGCCAGUUACCUGAGACCACUGGAGGUGCAGAUGAGAGAGUUCGAGGUGCUGCGGAAGUUAAACCAUAAGAACAUCGUCAAACUGUUUGCAGUUGAAGAGACUACCCAGGGAAACAGCAAGCAAAAGGUGCUAGUGAUGGAAUACUGCUCAAGUGGGAGCUUGCUGAGUGUAUUGGAAGAUCCAGAGAACUCCUUUGGCUUGGCCGAGUCAGAAUUCCUCAUCGUGCUGCAUUGCGUUAUGGCCGGCAUGAACCACCUCCGCGAGAACGGCAUUGUCCACAGAGACAUCAAACCCGGGAACAUCAUGCGGCUGGUGGGGGAAGACGGGCAGAGCGUCUACAAGCUCACGGACUUCGGGGCCGCCCGAGAGCUGGACGACGACGAGAAGUUCGUGUCCGUCUAUGGGACGGAGGAAUAUCUUCACCCGGACAUGUACGAGCGGGCAGUGCUGAGGAAGCCCCAGCAAAAGGCUUAUGGGGUGACUGUGGAUCUGUGGAGCAUUGGGGUAACCUUUUACCAUGCUGCUACGGGCAGUCUCCCGUUCAUCCCCUUUGGCGGACCUCGCAGGAAUAAAGAAAUCAUGCAUAAAAUAACGACUGAGAAACCCGCUGGAGCUAUCGCAGGCGUCCAGAGGCAGGAGAACGGGCCCAUUGAGUGGAGCUACGAGUUGCCCAUCACCUGCCAACUGUCAGUGGGGCUGAAGAGCCAGCUCAUCCCCAUCCUGGCGAACAUUCUGGAAGUCGAUCAGGAGAAGUGCUGGGGCUUUGACCAGUUUUUUGCUGAAACCAGUGACAUCCUGCAUAGGAUAGUGGUCCACGUCUUCUCCUUGCAGCAAGCUACCACGCACCGGGUCUACAUCCACUCUUACAACACUACCACCAUAUUUUUGGAAGCCGUCUUCACGCAGACACACAUAGUCCCGCACCAUCAAGAAUAUUUUUUUGAAGGCUACCCAUAUCCAUUGGAAGCCAGCCUGCAAGCUCACAAUUUCUCCAGGACCACAGAAGAAAGCCCUCUAACCUUGCUGAGCACUGAACUGGAGGGGCCCGUGGGAGUGAGAUUCAGAGAUCCGGCACUUGACUUACCAAAGUUCGCCCCAAAGGUUGAUGUUGUGGCAGACUGCAGCAUGGCAAAGACUGUCCUGAGCACGGUUCACCAGACGCUGAGGAUCUCUCGGUCACUUCUGAAAUCUCAAGAGUUCAUUCUGAGAGGUCUUUACUGGGUGAUUGGGAGCCUGAAAGCCGAGAGCUCCCGUGUUCUGGAGAGAAGGGAAGCGGCCGUGUCAAUGCUGACCUGCUUGCAGCACACUGAGGAAAAGGCCUGCGUGUUGCAUGACUCUGUUUCUGGAGGCAACAGUAAUCCAGAACUGAAGGAUCUGGCUGAAGUGAAAACAAGGCUGCAGACUGUCAUGGAAGACCUCACCAGAUGUGCGCACAGCAUGUCCGAGCAUCAAGGGAAGCUGGACUCUGUUUUGUCUGAGUUGGCAAAGCAAAGGAAACAGGCACAUGAAGACAGAAGCAUCCGGCAGAUGGAGUGCUGCCUGGAGAAGAUGCAACUCAUAUACAAGCAAUUCAAGAAGAGCCGGAUGAGUCUGCGGCUGGCCUAUAAUGAUGAACAAAUACACAAGCUGGAUAAGUUGAAUUUGGGGCAUUUGGCCAAAAAGGUCUUGUCGGUUUUCCAGGAAGAGUGUGUCCAGAAAUACCAGGCUGUGCUGGCUGCCCAUGGGAACAGAACAAGGGAAGUUUGGGAGAUGAGAAAACAUCUGAAGAAGCUCAGCAACUCGAUAGCCGCUUGUAAC